AUGACCGCUGCUGGUCCCCUCUUACUGGCUGUGAUAUCGUCUCUCCUGUGGCUCACGCGGGGCUUCGACCCGGCUCCCAGCGCCUGCUCCGCUCUGGCCUCUGGCGUCCUCUACGGCUCCUUCUCCCUCAAGGACCUCUUCCCCACCAUCUCCUCCGGCUGCUCCUGGACCCUGGAGAACCCCGACCCCACCAAGUACUCGCUCUACCUCCGCUUCAACCGGGAGGAGCAGGUCUGCACCCACUUCUCGCCCAUGGUGCUGCCGCUCGACCACUACCUGGCCAACUACACCUGCGACCCCCGCGGCGAGGCCGCCAGCCCCCCGCCCGCCCGCCAGCGGCCAGAGGAGGAGGAAGAGGAGGAGGAAGCCGAGCUGGAGCUGUGCGAGGGCGCGGGGCCCUUCACUUUCCUCCAUUUCGACAAGAACUUUGUGCAGCUGUGCCUGGCGGCCGAGCCCGAGGCGGCCCCCCGCCUCCUGGCCCCCCAAGCCCUGGAAUUCCGUUUCGUGGAGGUGCUGCUCAUCAACAACAACAACUCCAGCCAGUUCACCUGCAGCGUGCUCUGCCGCUGGCUGGAGGAGUGCCUGCAGGCUCCCGGCGCCCGCCGCUGCGGCUUCACCCACGCCGGUUGCAGCUGCCAGGCGGAGAGCCCGCCGGCACCCCGGCGCAACGGCAAUGCGGUCGAGGAGAACCAGAAGGUGAAAACCCAGUGGCCACGGUCAGCGGACGAGCCAGGCGUCUACAUGGCCCAAACAGGGGACCCGGCGGCGGAGGAAUGGUCCCAGUGGAGCGUCUGCUCCCUGACGUGCGGGCAGGGAUCCCAGGUGCGGACGCGCUCCUGCGUCUCCUCGCCCUACGGGACGCUGUGCAGCGGGCUGCUCCGGGAGACGCGGACCUGCAAUAACACGGCUACCUGCCCAGUUCACGGCGUGUGGGAGGAGUGGUCCCCGUGGAGCCUGUGCUCGGUGACCUGCGGGCGAGGGUCCAGGACCAGGACGCGGCGGUGCGUGGCCCCGCGGCACGGAGGGAAAGCCUGCGAGGGCCCCGAGCUGCAGGCCAAGUCCUGCAAUAUUGCGAGCUGCCCGGUGGAAGGGCAGUGGCUGGAGUGGGGCGCCUGGAGCCGCUGCUCCGUCACCUGCGCCAACGGCACGCAGCAGCGGACGCGCAAGUGCAGCGUCUCGGCCCACGGCUGGGCCGAGUGCCGGGGGGCCCACGCCGACGCCCGGGAGUGCUCCAAUCCCACCUGUCCCACCGACAGCAAGUGGGGUCCCUGGAACCACUGGAGCCUCUGCUCCAAGACCUGCGACACCGGCUGGCAGCGCCGCUUCCGCAUGUGCGAGGGCACCGGUGUGCAAGGCUACCCCUGCGAGGGCACCGGCGAGGAGGUGAAGACCUGCAAUGAGAAGAAGUGCCCAGCCUACCACGAGAUGUGCAAGGACGAGUACGUCAUGCUGAUGACCUGGAAGAAAACAGCUGCCGGCGAGAUCAUCUACAACAAAUGUCCCCCCAACGCCACGGGGUCCGCCAGCCGCCGGUGCCUGCUGAGCCCCCACGGGGUUGCCUACUGGGGUGUGCCCAGUUUCGCCCGCUGCAUCUCCCACGAGUACCGAUACUUGCAUCUCUCACUGCGGGAGCACCUGGCCAAGGGGCAGCGGGUGCUGGCGGGUGAAGGCAUGUCGCAGGUGGUGCGGAGCCUGCUGGAGCUCAUGGCCCGCAAGACCUACUACAGCGGGGACCUGCUCUUCUCCGUGGAGAUCCUGCGCAACGUCACCGACACCUUCAAGAGGGCCACCUACACCCCGUCCUCUGAGGACGUGCAGCGCUUCUUCCAGGUGGUGAGCUACAUGGUGGACGCGGAGAACCGGGACAAGUGGGAGGAUGCCCAGCAGGUCUCGCCUGGCUCUGUGCACCUGAUGAAGGUGGUGGAGGACUUCAUCCACCUGGUGGGGGACGCGCUGAAGGCUUUCCAGAGCUCCCUCAUCGUCACCGACAACCUGGUGAUCAGCAUCCAGAGGGAGCCCGUCUCCGCCGUCUCCAGCGACAUCAACUUCCCCAUGAAGGGACGCCGGGGCAUGAAGGAUUGGGCCCGCAGCUCCGAGGACAAGCUCUUCAUCCCCAGGGAGGUGCUCAGCCUCGCCUCUGCCGGUGAGGCAGGGCUGGGGCCGCAGGAGCGAGCACGCUCUGCGUGUGCCCCACGCGUGUGCCGGGCGCUGGAUCACGGCGCCGCUCUCCCUUCCCCUCUCUCUGCAGAAACGGAUGAGUCGUCCCACUUCGUCAUCGGGGCCGUGCUGUACCGCACGCUGGGACUGAUCCUGCCCCCGCCCAGGACCCCCCUGGCCGUCACCUCCAAGGUGCUGAUGGUGACGGUGCGCCCGCCGACCAAGCCGGCGGAGCCCCUCGUCCUGGUGGAGCUCUCCCACAUCAUCAACGGCACAUCCCACCCGCAGUGCGUCACCUGGGACUACUCAAGGACGGAUGCUGGCUUGGGAAACUGGGACACGGAGAGCUGCCAAACCCUGGAGACCCUCCCAGCGCACACCAAAUGCCAGUGCCGCCAGCUCGCCACCUUCGCCGUCCUCGCCCAGCUGCCCAGAGACCUGGCCAUGGACCCCUCGGGCACGCCGUCGGUGCCGCUGAUGAUCGGCUGUGCCGUCUCCUGCAUGGCCCUGCUGACCCUGCUGGUGAUCUACGCUGCUUUCUGGAGGUUCAUCAAGUCGGAGCGCUCCAUCAUCCUGCUCAAUUUCUGUGUCUCCAUCCUGGCCUCCAACAUCCUCAUCCUCGUGGGCCAGUCUCAGAUGCUCAGCAAGGGUGUUUGCACCAUGACGGCCGCCUUCCUCCACUUCUUCUUCCUCUCGUCCUUCUGCUGGGUGCUGACGGAGGCCUGGCAGUCCUACCUGGCGGUGAUCGGCCGGAUCCGGACACGCCUGGUCAGGAAACGCUUCCUGUGCUUGGGAUGGGGCUUGCCAGCCCUCGUGGUCGCAGUUUCCGUCGGCUUCACGCGGACCAAAGGCUACGGGACAGCGAGCUACUGCUGGCUCUCGCUGGAGGGCGGUUUGCUCUAUGCCUUCGUGGGACCCGCUGCUGUCAUCGUGCUGGUGAACAUGCUGGUCGGCAUCAUCGUGUUCAACAAGCUCAUGUCCCGCGAUGGCAUUUCAGAUAAGUCCAAAAAGCAGCGAGCUGGCUCCAAGCCCCCACCCUGCGGCAGCCUGCUGCUGAAAUGCACCAAGUGCGGCGUGGUGUCCAGCGCGGCCAUGACCUCCGCCACCGCCAGCAGCGCCAUGGCAUCGCUGUGGAGCUCCUGCGUGGUCCUGCCUCUGCUGGCGCUGACCUGGAUGUCGGCCGUGCUCGCCAUGACCGACCGGCGCUCCAUCCUCUUCCAGGUCCUCUUCGCCGUCUUCAACUCCGUCCAGGGCUUCGUCAUCAUCACCGUACACGGGUUCCUGCGCCGAGAGGUCCAGGACGUGGUGAAGUGCCAGAUGGGGGGGUGCAGGAGCGAGGAGAAUGAAAACUCGCCCGACUCCUGCAAGAACGGGCAGGUGCAGAUCCUGACAGAUUUUGAAAAGGAUGUUGACCUGGCGUGUCAGACAGUGCUGUUCAAGGAGGUGAACACCUGCAAUCCCGCCACCAUCACGGGCACCUUGUCCCGCAUCUCCCUGGACGGGGACGAAGACCCCAAGCUCAACACCACCUCGGAGGGUGGCCUGGGUUUCUCCAGCCUGCCGGGAAACAUCCCUCCUGCCAGCAUCCUGGUCCAGGUCCCCAAGAUGACGCCCAACGUGGUGGCAGGCUUGAGCGAGCUGGGAGAGCCGCCGGCACAGCCGCUCAGCCUGGAAGCGCCGGGUCCCGUCUACCUGUGCACGGAGAGCAGCCUGCGGCCCCUGGAAUACGGCUGGCUGCGGGCCCCCGAACCCCCACGGGAAAGCGACUACAUGAUGCUCCCCCGCCGGACCGGCAGCCUCAAGCCCUUCCCGCGGGAGGAGAGCACCCUCGGUCCCGGCGCCGAGGAAGGGGUGCCCGGCGGGACGGGGCGCCCGACGGCCGAGGGGGACGCCUACCCCGGCUUCGUGGCGGUGGAUCACAUCAACGUGAACUUGAACCAACCCUACGGGACGGUGAAGGCCCCUUACGGCCUCCAGUUCAAGCAGCACCCCACCGUGCGGCAGAUCCUGGCCUCGGAGCUGUCGGAACGCAGCCGCACCAUGCCCCGCACCGUCCCCGGCUCCGCCAUGAAAGUGGGGUCCCUGGAGAGGAAGAGGUUGCGAUACUCGGAUCUGGACUUCGAGAAGGUGAUGCACACGCGGAAACGCCACUCUGAGCUCUACCACGAGCUCAACCAGAAGUUUCACACGCUGGACCGGUACCGGGCUCCGGCUGCCGGCUCCUCCAAGCGAGAAAAGCGGUGGAGCGUCUCAUCGGGCGGUGGGGAGAAGAGCACGGCCAAUGAUGCGGCCGGCCCCGAGGAGCAGCAGCCGCAGGCACCGGCCGCGCCGCCGAAGCCAUGGAGCACGUUCAAGGCGAUGACGCUGGGCUCCCUGCCCAGUGCCCAGCGGGACCGGCUGGAGCUGCGCUGUGCGGACUGGGAGGGCCCCUGCGCCGGCCUGGAUGCGGCCGACGGUGACUUCCAGACAGAGGUGUGA